GGAUACGCGUUCAGAAAAAAAAACAAAAAAAAAAACAGCCCAGUUGGAUUUGUAGUUAUCAUCUUCUCCUGAGUUUCCGUUUACCUGUAGCUCUCACACACACAAAGGCGGGAUUUCAUCAACAAUAAGUGACCGUUUAAUGUCACAAAGUCACCGAUGAUAACGUGAACGGGGCAGCGGGGCGGUGGGCGCAGAAGACGCAGAGAAAGAGCGCCACGUCAUUGAUCGGCGGAGGAGUCAGAAAAACACACCCGGAAUUUAGUCCCGAGUCCCGGCUGUGGACCGCAUAUCACACGGUUACCUCCGAGACGCUUCACCGGGUCGGUUGAUAUUUUCUUACCGGAGGAGCUCCUGUCGACAGACGGCUCAACAUGACGGCGUCCAACUGGGGUCUUAUCAUGAACGUGGUGAACAGCAUCGUGGGAGUCAGCGUGCUCACGAUGCCUUUCUGCUUCAAACAGUGUGGAAUAGUACUGGGAACUAUCCUGUUGUUCUUCUGUUCGUGGAUGACCCACAAGUCUUGCAUGUUCCUGGUCCACACAGCGAGCAACACCAAGAGAAGGACCUAUGCGGGAUUGGCCUUCCAUGCUUACGGGAAACCAGGAAAAACACUGGUGGAGACGAGUAUGAUUGGUUUGAUGUUGGGGACCUGCAUUGCCUUCUACGUUGUGAUAGCUGAUCUGGGCUCAAAUUUCUUCGCCCAGCUGUUGGGUUUACAGGUGACCUUCAGUUUCCGCGUGCUGCUCCUGUUUGCUGUGUCUCUGUUCAUUGUCCUCCCACUGAGUCUGCAGAGGAACAUGAUGUCCUCCAUCCAGUCCUUCUCCGCAAUGGCACUCAUGUUCUACACCUUCUUUAUGUUCACGAUGGUGCUGUCCUCGUUCAAACACGGGCUGCUCAGCGGCUGGUGGCUAGGACAGGUCAAUGUGGUGCGCUGGGAGGGUGUGUUUCGCUGUCUCCCCAUCUGUGGGAUGGCCUUCGCCUGUCAGUCGCAGGUGCUGCCGACCUACGACAGCCUGGAAGAGCCAUCCGUCAAACGCAUGAGCACCAUCUUCACCUCGGCCCUCAAUGUAGUCACCGUCUUCUACAUCACUGUGGGUUUCUUUGGCUACGUCAGUUUCACAGAAAACAUUGCAGGCAACGUGCUGAUGAACUUCCCGUCAAACCUGGUGACAGAGAUGAUCCGCGUGGGCUUCAUGAUGUCUGUGGCUGUGGGAUUCCCCAUGAUGAUCCUGCCCUGUCGCCAGGCCAUCAACACCAUGCUUUUUGAGCAGCAGCAGAAGGAUGGGACGUUUGCAGCCGGGGGAUACAUGCCUCCUCUGCGCUUCAAGGCGAUCACCCUCUGCAUUGUGUUUGGCACCAUGCUGGGAGGCAUUCUCAUCCCCAACGUGGAAACCAUUCUGGGUCUGACUGGAGCCACUAUGGGCAGCCUCAUCUGCUUCAUAUGUCCUGCUCUCAUCUACAGAAAGAUCCAGAAGAAUGGGAUGAUUGCUCAGCUGGUGCUUUGUGUGGGUCUGGGCAUCCUGCUGGUCAGCACCUUUACUACCCUCUCAAUUUCGGCCAGAAGUCCCGGCACCAAGGUCCAAGCUCCUCCUCCUCCAGCACCUGACAAGAACAAUGCUCUGCUACAGGACCACCCUGAAGUGAACGUCGUGCAUAUAGACAAUCCUGCAAACAAGAAGCCAGUGGAGAUAGAAAAACCUGACCUUCCAGCUGUGGAUGUGGUAAAACCUGUAGAGAGGGCUGAGCCACAGCAGAUCAAAGGACCAGUGGAAGUACCCGAAAGGAACAAGGACGAAGAGGUGCAGUUGGACCGCCCUGAUGCUGGUGUCGCUAUGCCAGAGGGGGAGGCCCAUCGCCAUGAACCGCCCAUCCCUCAUGACGAGGUCAAGGUAGACACAAGGAAGAACAACGCAGAGCUCGAGGAGGACAAGAAACAACCAGUUCCAGGAGGUGAGGAAAACCCCAAAGUAGAUGAAGAGCAAGUGCGUGCUGUGGAGGCCAACGACAAAAGAGACAACAAGGUUGAAGAGAAACCAAAGCCCGCAAAGGCUGUUGUUGGGAAAGAGGGAGUGGAUUUGGGUGGAGGUGAAGUCUUAUCCAAUGAGGUGCUGGAGAAGCCGGUUGCAGACGCAGGAAAAAAUCAGGACGUUCCCCCGCUAAAGAAAGUUGAGAACCCUGAUCCUGUAAAAGAUCCUCUUGCAGGGAAUGUGGCUGUGGUGGAUAAACAGGCUGUGGUGGCACAAGUCGAUAAUGUCGGCAAAGCUCCAGACGCCGCAGGGAAACUUCCACUUUCUGAUGGAGAACAUCAUCCUCUUGGAGACGAGGCUCCAGCUGCAGACAACAAAGAUACAGCAGACGAGAAGCUGGACGUGAUAAAAAAGCUGGUUGCAGAGGGCCAGCUCGACCACGCCGUGCUACUGCAGGUGAUCAAAGAGCAGCAAGAGCAACAGAAGAGACUUCUCGACCAGCAGGAGAAACUACUGGCUGUAAUAGAAGAGCAACACAAGGAAAUCCACCAGAAACAACCUGCUGGGGCUGGUGCUGAAGGUGAGGCUGAGAAAGGCAUCCCGGAACACGUGGAGCUGAUGGAAGGUGGAGCAGCAAAGCCCAAAGAGUCUGGCCUGGCCUCAGACCUGAAGCAGCCCAAGGAGGGAGCUGGAGCUCCACAGGUUGGAGUAGCUGAGCCUCAUGCCGUUGCCGAGAAUCAAGCUCUAGCUGGGGAUAAGGGUGGUGAGGUUGGGGCUCCAAAAGUAGCUGUUCAAGCAGCUUACAAGGAGGAUGGCCACGUUGCAGCUAGAGGAGAAUCCCAUAAACAGAGUGAGCUGGGGGCAAGGGGAGUGCCACUGGGAAAGAAAAGACCCAGUGACCAUCAGAUGGUACCUCAGAAUGAUCCGGCAACUGAUGAAGAAAGAAGCCUGGAUAAGGAAAAAGAUAAAUAUGAAAAUCUUAAAAAAGAACAGAUAGAGAAAGAAGUUCAGGCAAGACUGGAAAAGGAACAGCUUGAGAGGGAGAUAAAGGAAAAGAUGGCCAGAGAACAGGAGCUAGAAAGAGUAGAGAGAGAAAGAAUAGAGAAAGAAGUGCAGGCGAGGUUGGAAAAAGAACAACUGGAGAGGGAGAGACAGGAAAAGCUGGCCAAACAGCAAGAGCUGGAGAAUGACAGAGCCCAGAAAGAGAGGAUAGAGAAAGAAGUGCAGGCAAGGGUGGAAAAAGAGCGACUGGAAAGGGAAAGAAAAGAGAAUCUGGCCAGAGAACAAGAGCUGGAGAAGGAGAGAGUGGUACAACAGAAACUCGCACAGGAGAAAGCUGCUGAAGAGAGACUUCAGCAGGAGAUUCAGAGGGCAGACAAUGAAAUACUUGACAGAGCGAGGAAAGAGAAAAAUGCAGAGGAGGCUCGGGAGAGGCUGGCCCAGCUGGAGCGAGCCGCAGAGGCCGCAAAAGCUGUAAAAGCUGCACCGGGGGGUGAGAGAGAAGACAUUGAAGCUUUGAAGAAAGGAGGACGAGACCUCAAAGAAGAAGUUGCUGUUAUGGCGGACCCCAGAGAAGGUGUGCGAGACGGGGCCGUCAAAGCCGAUGCUCGCCCCCAGGGCUCCCACGAGAAGGUCCGGGACCAGGGAGAGAUGGAUCUAAGGCGGAGGCGCAGGGCACUGGGACCUGGAGAGUCCGUAGGGCCUCCAGAGAAGACCGGGGUGCCCAGGGGGGUGCCGGGGCUGGAGCCCCUGCUGGAGUUGGGGGGCUCAGACCUGCAUGUGGCCCUGGAGGAGCAGCUACUGGCUGGGGCAGUGGUGCACUCACGGCAGAUUAAGCAGGCCUCAGAGGAUGAGGGAGCGAAAUAACACACAUCAGACACACACAGAUCAAGAUCACUCAAUCAUUGGACAGCAACACACACUGUACACCUGCAGAAAACUUCUAAUACUGUGGACCAUGAUAUUGUUGCCUUAUAUUCUUUCUUGCCUUCAGAAAUGUUGUGGACAAAGAGAAACAUUUUCUCUUCCUUGAUACUGUGUACACCAGAAACAACCCAAAGUCUUUAUUAAAGAGCAAAAUGUAUGUAAAUAUUAACUUAUUUUUGUCUUUAGGGGAAGAAUAUUUUGAAGAGGUUACUGUUUAAAUGUAUAUAAACCUAUGCAAAUACCAUUCUAUGGAGUGUUUAGACCGGCGAAUAUGUUGGGUUUUUUUUGGAGUCACUUUCUUUUCAUUCACCAGCUCUGUGGAGUCUGCCUCUGUAGGAUCUGUGUUUUAUAUAUCGUCUCCUGUGCAGAUGUUGUGUUAAAUGUUCUGGUCACUUUGUGGUUAUCUGUUACUUUGAGAUGUAAAUAUUGUAAAUGUGUUGUGUGAUCAAGGUUUAAGGUUCCUUUGAAUCUACAUUUACCACAUAUUGGAUGUAAUGUGGGUUCAGGCGCCUUCGUGUAAGUGUUGUUUCACUAUACUUUCAAAUGAACGUAUCUGAGUAUCUGCUGGAGCUACGAGGUAUAUAGUGUAGCCUUACUGUUUGAUAAACUGUGUACAAUGAAGCAGCUUGAUCCAUUGGAUCCAUAAUUCUUGUUACUAAUCAUUCCAUCUUCAACAUCUCUUUCCUGUUGAUUUGUCAGUGCCUUUAAAUCCAUAUGCUGCAGUAGUGAUAUUUUACAAACAACUAAAAUGUGUGUCAAGUUUUUCUCAGUUUGUGGUCUUUUUGUUUCAACUGGACCUCUUACUGUAAACGGUACAGUAAUUAUGAGAAAAUAAGAUAUGUGCAUUGUGUUAAAGACAUUGGAAAGAAAUAUGGACUGUGUAGUGUUUCUUAGUAAUACAACUUUUCUAAAAAUUCCUCUCAUCAGUUAGCACUUCAACACAUGCUGGACCUUUGCUUUGUACAAGAGGCUAUUUUUAUGACUAUUUUUCUAUGUGCAUUGUAUUUCUGUACAUUUUGCUGAUAAUAAAUAAAAAAGCGCUCUAUGAAA